AUGAGCCAGCGUGAGUUCGCAAUUUUUCUCCUCCGAUGCCUGCAGUCCGGCUUCGAGCAUGCUCCCCUUAAACCUCUAAAAGCCACACCAACGGAGUCCGAGGAGUGCCCCUGCACGGCUGAGCAGCUAGCCCGGGUCUCUGGUACUGGUGGUCUCAUGAUCAGUGGCCGGUCACCGAUCCAAAGCACACAGGAGCUUCGUGGCCUGUCAGGAACAAGGCUUGCCGACAUCUCCAGCUAUUCCAAUACUGCUUGCCAGCAGUUUGCAAGCGGAGUCGGUGCUUGCGACUGUGUCUGGACUGGUUACUGUUACUUCUACGAUGGCCUUUGGCACUUGACUUCCCUACUCCACACUUACCUGAUUGAGCAAAACCAUUCGCUGUCCGAGCUUGGCACGACGGAGUCGUCUCGUUCGGACUUGUACGAAAAGUCCUUGGGGAAAGAUUACAUGUGCUUGACGGGACGUGUCCGACAGUUCAAUAGCAUUGAGCCAACGACCAUCCCGCCUUCCUUGGGCGACCGUGAUGGUGUGCAGACCAUCCGGCAUAUUACCGGCGGACCGUGCAACGAGUUUACUGACCUGGCACAGCAGUCGAAAGCCCUGUCAUUUUGUGGCAGGCCCAGGCCUAGUGUUCAGUUGAUUAGGACCUUCUUCCUCCCCUGCUGUAAGGCUUCGGCUACUGCAGCUUGGAAGCUUUUGAAGCUCUAUUCACUCUAG